ACAAAGGGUAAGAGUAAAAUACAGACAUUCAAAUCCAUAUUUGAUUGAUGAGUGAAAAUAUUCACACCAGCUCAGGUAAGAGGCACACCACAGUGUCAAACUCAAUCACCCACUCCAAAUUUCCAGAACCCACAAAAUAUCUUUCGAGUUUGAGAGUAAAGUUUUCAUCUUUGGUUUAUGUUAUCCACCAAGCUAACACACAUCAUCAUCAUCCUUUCUUCCCUCCCCAAACAACUUUCAAAUCAUCACUACUUCUCAACGGCUACUUUCCACUCCUCCCCACUCUCUUCCCUCCCACCACGCCCUUCUCUCAGCCAAACCAAGCAAGUCCAUGCUCUCAUCAUCACCUUCGGUCUCUCCGCCCAAACCCAUCUCAUGGGUCACCUCAUUGCCGCCUUGGCUCUCUCCCCAUCAUCAUCAUCAUCAUCAUCAUCCCCAAUUGUGUAUCCUCGCUCCAUCUUUCAAUCAAUCCAAAACCCAACUGUUUUCACCUCCAACAACAUGAUUCGAUGCUUCGCCAAGAGCGAUUCGCCUCGUGAAUCGGUUGUUCUCUACGCCUCUAUGCGCCGAAGUGAUUUAAAGCCCAAUAACUACACUUUUCCUUUUGUUUUACAGGCUUGUAGUAAGGCUUUGGCGUUGUUUGAAGGGACUCAGGUCCAUGCCCAUGUUGUAAAACUUGGUUUUGGUGAAGAUGUUUAUGUUAGAAAUUCUUUGAUUCACUUGUACAGUGCUUGUUGUAGGGUUGAGUGUUCAAAGAAGGUGUUUGAUGAAUGUCCUCAAUGGCGUGAUGUUGUUACUUGGAAUGCGAUGUUGGGGGGUUAUGUAAAACAUGGGCAGACUGGAGUUGUGGAGAAGCUGUUCGGUGAAAUGCCUGAAAGAGAUGUUAUAUCAUGGAGUUUAAAGAUAAUGGGUUAUGUACAAAACGGGCAAUUGGAAGAAGGGUUAGAGUGUUUUAGAGAGAUGCGAGAGAAAGGGUUGAUUCCGAAUGAGGCUAUAUUGGUUACAGUGCUGUCAGCAUCGGCCCAAUUGGGUUUGCUUGAUCAGGGCCGAUUAAUUCAUUCCAUUAUUAGCUCUUUCAAUUUUCCAAUCAGUAUUCCCAUUGGUACAGGUCUCAUCGAUAUGUAUGCAAAAUGUGGGUGUAUUGAGCUGGCUAGAGUUGCCUUUAACCAAAUGCCUCAAAAAGAAGUUUGUUCAUGGAACGCUAUGAUUUGUGGGUUGGCCACACAUGGACUUGGGAAGGAAUCUCUUGUGCUCUUUGAAAGGUUCAUAAUGGAAGGUUUCCAUCCCGUGAAUGUGACUUUCAUUGGGGUCUUGAAUGCUUGUAGUAGGGCAGGCUUGGUCAACGAGGGCCGGCAUUAUUUUAAGAUAAUGACUGAGAAGUAUGCCAUUGAGCCAGAAAUGGAGCAUUAUGGUUGUAUGGUUGAUCUCUUGGGUCGUGCUGGACUAGUAGUUGAAGCCAUUGAAUUGAUUGAGAAGAUGUCAGAUCAACCAGACCCGGUUUUAUGGGCUACACUACUUGGUGCAUGCAAGAUUCAUGGGUUAGUGGAAUUAGGUGAAAAGAUGGGGAACAAACUAAUCCAAUUGGAUCCAACCCAUGAUGGACAUUAUGUACAAUUAUCUGGUAUUUAUGCCAAAGCGAGGAAAUGGGAAGAUGUAGUGAGAAUUAGAAGAUUGAUGGUUGACCGAAAAGCUAACAAGGUUGCUGGUUGGAGCUUGAUUGAAGCACAAGGAAGACUUCAUCAGUUUGUUGCAGCGGAUAGAGAGCAUGAAAGGUCUUCAGAGAUUUACAAGAUGCUUGAAAUAAUUGGAACACGAAUAGGAGAGGCUGGCUACGUUCCCAAUGUUUCGCCAAUUCUGCAUGAUAUAGGAGAGGAAGAAAAGGAGAAUGCAAUCAAGGAGCACAGUGAGAGGUUGGCAAUGGCUUUCGGUUUUUUGGUUACAGGUUCUGGGGAUUGCAUUCGAAUUGUGAAGAACUUGAGAGUUUGUGGAGAUUGCCAUGACUUUAGCAAGGCCGUAUCAAAAGUGUUCAAGAGGGAGAUAAUCGUGAGGGAUGGGAGCAGAUUUCAUCAUUUUAAGGACGGAAAGUGUUCCUGCCUUGAUUAUUGGUAGAAAUUUUAUUCCCUAUUCUUCAAGGGAAACAGUGUGACUUGCCAAAAUGAAGAAAAAGAAGAGAAUGUGAUCAAAGAUUGAUGCCCAUCCUUUGGAUUCAGACACAAUAUCUGUGCAUGGUUAAAUAAAGGGCAAUCACAUUGCAAGAGGCUUCUGCCACUAUGGUAUUUGGGAAUGGUUGGAUGUGCACAACCUUACUCUUGUUCAUAGGGAGGGUGUUUCUGGUUUGAACUUGUGACACCUAAGUCACAAUGCAGCAACCUUACCAUUGUGCCAAGGCCCGCCCUCGUCUGUGCACUAUUAAAUAAGUUAAAAAAAUCGUUGUUAGUUCUCUGGUGUGGAUGGUAACUUUGGCCUCCCAAAAGGAGUAGAUGGUGACAUUGGACUCCUUUUAAUCCUACCCUCCAUGUAUUUGUUUAGCAUAAUUUGUUCCUUGAUUUAUUCCCAGUUUUCUGGGUUGACAAGAAAGCUAAUUAUUCUAUUUCAGGAGGAAUAUCUCAAGAAAGCGAGUUUAUUAUUGCUUGAUCUGCCCUUCCUCCAAUUGAAAUUUGAUGGUUCAUACAAAUCAGAUUGUAAUUUGCACGAGGGAGCAGCACCAUCUAAUCUUGGGGAAAAGCUCCAUUAUGAUGUCAUCUUGUCCUUGGGGAAAGGGUUCCUAUGUGAUCCCCAGACCCAAGUUAAUAGUAUGAGAUUUUCUGUCUUUAAAAUUUAUCUUAAUUCACUUCUAGAUCUAUAAUUGUGUUUUGAGAUUCCUAUCCUAUCAUAUCGUGCAAUGAGAAGUGCAUUAAGAAUAGAAAACAUAGAUUUUAGGGCGAAGGAUCUCCCAUCAAAAUCAAUUGUAUCGUUGAUUAAAUGCAUUAGCACAAUUGGAAUUUUCUCCAAGACAAUGAUCCUGGUCUGACUUUAUGUCGUAGUUUUUAUUCUCAUUUUAUA